AUGGCGAGACUGGAGCCCGCGCAUCCUAUGUGGCCGCAGGUUAAAGAAACACUUCGCAGGUGCGCAGAAGAUCGCGAGAGCAUCAUCCACGAAGUCUUUCAGACCAGCACUGCACAUGGCAAGAAGCUGCUGAACAAAAUCUUCAAUGGAGGAGCACCGCCGGAGCACCUGGCUUCGCAGGAUUUUGUGCUUCGUUUGCAGAAAGCGGCCAUGUUCUGCAGGUGGACGUGCGUCUCCGUAUCCCCAGAGGUUUUCGGACAGAUGGUGGAAGACGAAGACCGCUCGCAUCCCGAAGCAUCGACAUUGUUUUUCAUUUGGAGCGCCGUCGAGGAUCUCAUUAUUUCUGCUUGGCUCGAGAAAAUCCAAGAGCAACAGCCAUCACACGUGAGUCUACACUUUGACGGCAUCCGAGUUGACCAAGCCGCUGUGGGCUCCAGCGUAGAAGCUUUCUGCGUCGAGUGCGCAUCACACAUCAAAAGCAGGACAGGUUUCGAUGUGUCCUUGCGCCCAAAAAGCCACCAAACUUUUCUGGAAGGCAUUCGUGUCGGAAGUGCGUCCAGAGAUGCAGAAAGCAUCGAGCCCGCGACUCUUACAGACGAAGGCAACUGCAUUCUCUGCGCCUUGCACAGGCUCGGGCAUACAGAUGCCGCUGGAAAGAUGCUGGGCGACACUGACAGUGAGGCAGCUGUAUACUUUCGACGUCGGAGGCAUCGCACUUAUCUUCAGGUCGUGGAAGCCACGCAAGUUACCCUCACGCCCUGGAUGAGCUCGACAGAGUUUGCUCACAUGCCCCUGGAAGGCAACUUCCUCAUCCACUUGACGAAGAACAACAAGCCACACUGCGUGGGGCUGCGUGCAGAUACUCCAGGCAACUUCAUCGUCAUGGACGGCAACGCAACUUUUACCAUCCAGAACCGGCUCUUCUGGAAUGCGUUCGCUGCGGCCAUCGACUCUCGACAUGUUGUGUUCUUUCAGGUGUGGGAAGACCCUGCAGCGUGGCCGAACUUGCCGGGGAGCAUUGCAAGACUGGAAAAAACAGAGGUCGAAAGACUGCUGGAGCUGCAAGCAUGCGCAGGUGAUGAUUCCAGCAGAGACAUCGACGACGACAACAACAGGGAGUUCGAGCAAGACAACGAGGCGGUCACGCAUGUGGGCGAUGUUCUUCUUCGGAAGCUAUCGGAGGAAAUCGACGCUGUUGCUGCAGACAGAAGGACUCCGCGCCCGGACGCGUCUGGCCGCGCUCGGUGUCCCCUGUGUCCUUUCAGAUCGUGGAGCAGACAUAAUGCCUGCCGGGUGCUUGUCCAUAUCAGGAAGCACCACACCUCCAAGAAGCAAUACAGUGCCAGUGGCACGAAGCAGAUCAAGCUUGUUCUGGCGCUGCACGAUCAGGACAAAUUGGAGGGAAUGCCCGCAGCAUGCAAUUAUCUCAGGCGAAGUGCAGACAUGAUUCGGGAUACAGUUCGCCCUCCCUUGUCUUCUACCCGAAAUAGCAUCGACAAGAAAAUUCGGUUGGUUUUCACGCAAGAUGGUCCUGAGUACUGGAACUUGGAAGCCACCAUCAGCGCGGGUCUCCGAAGAAGUCGCAAUCUCUAUUACAAUCUCGGCUUUGCGCAGAAAAUCUUUCAGAAGACCAUCCUGAACAAUGCCAAGGAACAAGAUACACUCCAUGCAUUAAAUUUGUGCCCCUUGCAGUUCUUCCCGACGAUGACCGCCAUGAAAGCUGAGAUCAGCAACCGAGCCUGCAGCCUUUUUCCCAGUCAUUCGAAAGACUGGUGGCCGCUCAUUGAGGACAUCUUCAGCUCGCCUCAUGUGCGUCAACUUGGCGACCAGCUGAUCGCCGAGUGUGUUCAGCACAAGGAAAUGCGAUGUCUCAGUAUCGACGCCACCAUGCGCUGCUGCAUGCCACUCCUCGGACAAGCACGCAUCAAAGCGUCUCCCAUCGAAAGAGCUGAAGUCAUCACCGUGCGGGGCCGAACAAACGCUGUGGUCGUGAUGCGUGCGGCGCAGGCGGAAGAUUCUGACACAGCAGCCUAUCUACUGGCGGAGACUCUCCCGGCUGCAGCUUUGGGCCAGAUCAUGUACGUGUCUGUCGACAACCCCUCCCGAAAGUACUUCUCCACACUGAAAAGCUUGUGCCCAAACCUUCAGGGCAUGAGCUUGGACACGGUGCAUUUGGCCAUGACCUGCGAGUACGGCAGCGCUCGCAGGAGGACAGGCGCGACCAAGGCGUUGCGCAGAGUCCUGGCCAAAUUUGCUGCCGUCGACACUGCUGUGGGACCGGAGGCCUUCGGGAAGAUAUUCAGCGGCGGCAAAGCAAAGCAUCUGACUGCCGAAGAAGAACGAUUUCGACGGCAUGUCGAAGAUCGCAGCAUGCGUCAGCACGAUGCCCAGCGCCUCCUCAAUGAGCUGGACGACGAGAAACCAAUCUACACUCGUCUUGAAUGGAUUCAGUUGAUUGCAGCGGUGGCGAAUGUUUUUCGGGAUGACAUGACUCGCCUUUGUCCAGGACCCAACAAGCGAGUGUGGCAACUCCUGCUUGGUGCCACAAGCCCGGAAAGAUCAGAGUGGUACCUGAAUAAUCUUCGCAUCAGGCACAGUCUUCAUGCACGUGCCUUGCCAUUGCUCCCUGUCGGAACGACAUCGAAUGAGUCCCUGCACGCCGAAAUCAAUCGGUGGUUUAAGGAGACCCAGAUGAUGCAUCAGGCCACGCUGGAGAUGAAGCUGGAAAUUCUUCGCCUGGGCAAGCUGCUCUCCCACAACCGGGCUUUGUACCACACGACAUCCUGUCAAAUGACACAUGCGGAAGUGCUCGCAAGAGCCACCCGGCAGUGUCUAUGGACAGAGGGCGAGUGGGCUGCCUGGUGCUCAGAGUUGGAGGAUGGGGAAGGAGCCAAGAUGAAAGCUCACCUCCCGUUCCAUGUCUACAGUACGGCGAACACCUCACACACUAGAAAGACAAGCAAGAUCCUGCGUGAAAGUGAGCGUGCAGACCGGCAGUCUCCGGAUGUGUGCUUGGGUUGUCAUGAAGGUGAGUCCAGAGGGUGCUCCUGUCGAAACUCACGACGUUUCUUCGUCGUCAUGGACAGACUUCCUACACCGGCUCUACUCUUGGUGGUAGAGACUCUGGGUCUUGCAACCGUGGCACGUUUGCUGUCGUCUUUGCCCAAAACGUCAAGUGCCAAGGACGUUGUGGGGGACUGGCUGCAGCAAGCCCGGGCGGUGCCCGUGACGCAACAUGAAGGCUUCCAUGAAGAGGAAGACCUGGCAGAUAACAACGAGGUUUCUACGCCUCUGCUUGACGAGAAUUCUCUUGGUGCAGCUGUGGUCGUAAGAAGUCUGCAAGCAGGUCGAAUCUCCUGGAACUCCAAUUGCGCCAUCUUGCGCUCGCUCGAGGAUCUCGAUAUCUUCUACCCUGGCUUGAAUGAGGCAGUCAAAGUGGACACCGUCUUCAUGACUGCAAACGUCAGCAUCUGGACGCUGUCUUACCUUCAGAAGGCUGUUGGGUUGCCCAGUGAUGCAUAUCGGAUGAGUCUAGAGGACUUCCUCGCGGAAACUCUGGGCACCUCCGGAGAGUUGCUGACUUCAUGGCGCCAUCUCAACGAGGGCAGUGAGGCAGUCGACCUGGCCAUUUCAUGGCUCCGCCACGGAAAUUGGAAGUGCGCAUUCUUUCCGUCCGAGGACGGCAAUAAGCCGGCCGUUCUCUUGGUCUUGUUCACCGUUAAUGAUAUCGCAGGCUGCCUCGUUGCAGUAGAUCGCGAAGUCGAUCCUGUCGGAUUUUAUAUGUAG